AUGCUGACGGAAUUGCCGGAAUCAUCCACAACUAACUUAACAUUUGGUGCAGAGGUAUGGGAAUCAAUGGUACCCCCAGCCUUUCAGUUUAUAUUAGGGGUAGCUGAAAACGCCAUAGCAUUAGUUGUUCUAAUAAUAUCUAGGAAGAGGCAUCAAUGGAAACCAUUUUACAGACUUGUCUUAGGAUUGGCUUUGACUGAUGGAGGAGGAAUUCUUCUGAUUGGCCUACCAGUCAUGAUGAGAUAUUUCUCGAACUUUAAGUACGAUUUUCCCAAGCCUCUAUGUGACUACAGUUCAUUUAUUAUAACAUUUAUGGCGACCUCUUCAGCUAUGAUUGUUUGUGCCAUGUCUUUGGAUCGUUUCAUGGCUAUUUUGUAUCCAUUUAAAUACAAUGUGUCUGGGAAGGAGCGUCGAGCAAACCUCAUGCUACUUUUUGUCUGGGUACUUGGAACAUUAAUUUCAAGUCUGCCUAUGGUGGGAAUCGGUUCCAAUGUAAUUUAUUAUCCUGGCUCUUGGUGUUUCAUAAAUUUUGUGGGUACCUCUACUUCAGACAGAGUCAAUUCCUACAUCUAUUCAAUAUUUGGACUUUUUGUUCUGUCUACAACUAUUUUCCUGAAUUGUUUUGUAAUAAUUAAACUAUGCAAAAAUGUCAACGAAAAUAGAAAAGAUCUACGCAGAAGACAAAGCACCAUAUUCAACAUGAUAUUACUGUUAGUUUUUGUCACCGUUUUCACCUUAUGUUGGGGUCCACAAAUUUUCACAAUACUUGGAUAUGCUGCACUGCUGAAUAAGGAAAAUCCUUCAAGAGAUUUAUUAUUGGCAAGGAUUGCGAUGACAAAUUCUGUGAUUGAUCCCUGGAUCUAUAUUCUUCUUCGGAAGGAAAAUCUCCGAUCACUCCACAGACGAUUUGGGGGAUUUUGCUGCAAAGUUCAGUCCUCAACGGUCGACGAUAGACAGAACGAUGCUAAUUUCUAUUUAGAGCAGUCAGAAUCUACAUAAAAUACUUCCAAUUAUGCAAUUUCAGGCGAUCACAUUAUUAUGAUACAUAGAAUAUCUGCAAACUCAGGUUCAAAUGAAACGAUUCUUGUAUGUGUUAUCUGUAUAACGAAGAACAAAGAAUUAAUCAACAGCAAAUAUGAAU